AUGAUUCGGAUUUGCCACGUCUGUCAUCGAUCUCUCAAGCGACAUUGCCUACCACCUACAUCUAUCGCCAAUGAUCUUUACUUCGGGCCCAUUCCGAAUGAACUCCGUAAACUUUCUCUAGUUGAAGAAGCACUGAUUGCUCGACGGCAUGCCAAAACAUGGAUCAUACAUCUGCAAGAUGAUGGAUCUCCCACGUCUCACACUACAGGACCAAGCUCUUCAUCCACACUCUCUACUGCUCAAAGGGCCUUUAAGGGUCACGUCAUAGUCUUUCCUGCUCAACCGGAGUCUUUGUCCCCAUUUUUGCCUCCUUCCCUUGAGGACGUCAUCACUCCCAUGUGUGUGGUAUUUGUCGGCAUCACCACUCCUUCCAAAGAUUGGCUUUUAAACAAUGCACGACCUCUGAUCGUCCGACGGGAAAAAGUACGGGCUGCAUUGCAAUGGCUUCUUACUCACAAUCCCCUGUACAGUGAUGUCAUUUUAGAUGAGAAAGAAUUGAACCGAAUCCCAUUGACUGAUGUCGCUCCUGUUCCCAUCCACACCCAACCCCCCACUAUGGCGACUCUGGCACCAGGCGCUCGAUAUGAUAAUGUUGAGAUACCGCUCACAGAGGAUCCGCUGACUGCAGUUUUGCAGAACAUGGUGGUCACAGAUCUCCAUAUGCGUGAUGUGAACACUGCUCAGAUCACUGCUGCUGCUCUCAAUCAUCUAAAACGGUCCAACGGUGACAUUGGAGCCCACAUUCAAGUCAGACACGGUGCUGAACCCAUCAAUCACUAUUCGGAUCCACACUUGUUACCAUUGCUAUAUCCCACUUUAUUUCCGUAUGGCAUCGGUGGCUAUCAUCGGAAUCGUCGUGCUUCUCUCAGUUUGGAAAAAAUGGCCACUCAUGUC